AUGGUUCCUGAGCCCCAUCCUUGGUUUGAUAUUUUUACUCCUCUCAUUGGCUCGGCCAGUGACCGCUGCACACUUAAAUGGGGCCGCCGGCGGCCCUUCAUCCUCGCCCUGUGUGUCGGGGUUCUCAUGGGAGUUGCACUUUUCCUCAAUGGCUCCGUUAUUGGUUUGGCCAUUGGGGACGUUCCUGAUAAACAGCCUAUCGGCAUCGUUCUCACAGUGCUGGGUGUUGUGGUGUUAGACUUUUGUGCCGAUGCCACCGAAGGGCCAAUCCGUGCGUAUCUGCUGGAUGUGGCAGACAACGAAGAGCAGGACAUGGCACUUAAUAUUCAUGCCUUCUCAGCUGGCCUUGGUGGAGCAAUUGGCUAUAUGCUUGGUGGACUGGACUGGACUCAAACGUUCCUCGGAACACUGUUUAAAUCUCAGCAGCAAGUCCUUUUCUUUUUCGCAGCCAUUAUAUUCUCUGUAUCCGUUGGCCUCCACCUUUUCAGUAUUGAGGAAGAACAGUACAGCCCCCAACAGGACCGCCUAGAGGAUGAAGCGGACACCAUGUCAAGCGGUGAAGAGGAACCCUACUCAAGCUUUCCCGAUGAAGUGCAGUCCGAGCAUGAGCUCAACCUCGACUUCCUUGAGGUGGACAUUGUAAGAAGUAAAAGUGAUUCAGUUUUGCAUAUGGCUGACGCCACAUUGGAUUAUGAAUCCGAGUUUCUUCAUUACAUUGAACCCUCCAUUUUCCAAGAUUGUUCAUACCCGAACACCCCGCGCAGCACCAGCCAGGAGCUUCUGAAGUCCAAAUUUAACCGUCUUUCGGCAUUCCUCAGGGAGAACGAGCGAGAGGAGGAGAUGUUGCUUGAUAAUCACAUUAAUGAAGCCAAAGUUCCAAACGGCGGUGACGCACUACAGAAGGAGAACAUGAACGGGCACACCAGAAUCGGCAUGAAACAGUCCUGCACCGCGAACUCCAUGCGUCGGAGAAGGCACAUGUUCUAUCGUCAGCCUUCAUACACCUUCUCGUAUUAUGGCAAGGUAGGAUCCCACCGCUACCGCUUCAGGAGAGCCAACGCCAUCUUGCUUAUAAAAUCCUCACGCAGCAUGAAUGACAUUUACGACAUGCAGAAGAGGCAGCGUCAGAGACAGAGGCACAGAAAUCAGAGCGGAGCCACCAACUCCAGCGGUGAUACCGAGAGUGAGGAAGGAGAGACUGAGACAACUGUCAGGCUGCUUUGGCUGUCCAUGCUGAAGAUGCCGAAAGAACUGAUGCGUCUAUGUGUUUGUCACUUGCUAACCUGGUUCUCUAUUAUUGCUGAAGCAGUGUUCUAUACAGAUUUCAUGGGUCAGGUCAUCUUUGAAGGCGAUCCCAAGGCUCUCACCAACUCUACCGAACUCCAUAACUACAACUCCGGUGUGCAGAUGGGCUGCUGGGGGCUGGUGAUAUAUGCUGCUACUGCCGCCGUCUGCUCAGCCUUGUUACAGAAGUACCUGGAUAACUAUGACCUCAGCAUCAAAAUCAUCUACAUCCUAGGAACGCUUGGCUUCUCCAUUGGCACAGCAGUGAUGUUCAUCUUUCCCAAUGUCUACGUCUCUAUGAUCAUGAUCAGCACCAUGGGAAUAGUGUCAAUGAGUAUUUCAUACUGCCCAUAUGCCCUGCUGGGACAGUACCACGAAAUGAAAGAGUACAUCCACCACAGCCCUGGGAACUCGAAGAGAGGCUUUGGCAUAGACUGCGCCAUCCUGUCCUGCCAAGUUUACAUCUCCCAGAUUUUGGUGGCCUCAGCUUUGGGAGCCGUGGUUGAUGCUGUGGGUUCAGUCCGAGUAAUUCCUCUGGUGGCCUCCAUAGGCUCCUUCUUAGGAUUUCUCACAGCUACAUUCUUAGUGAUAUACCCUGAGGUUCCAGAAGAGAACAAGGAGGAGUCGAAACGUCCAGCAAAUGGCGCCAUCGCUAAUGGGGUAGAUCCAGAAAAACCACUUGUGUUGCAGCUCUCUCCGAAAGGGUCUACAGUUCCUCCAGAAGUGGAGAACGAGUCGGCAGUCUGA